AUGUAUUGGUUAACAAUCGCCACUAGUUUUGCUAUUUUAUCAUUAUUAAUUAUUGCGGAUGAUCCGUGCCGAUAUCAGACUGAAAAAGGAGUGAUUGAUAUAUCGUCAUUAGCACGAACGGAUGACAAAGCAAAAUAUCCCGAUAAAGCACCGGCUACUGGAUCUGGCUAUAAAUAUAGCUACAACCCAUGUAAACCAUUUACUGAACUACCUUCUUGUCAAGGAGUAGCCGCUUGCCAAGUUUCGACGGAUGGAAAAUAUAGCUUUUCCAUUGGUAAACAAGACAGUGCAAAGUGGAAUUCGGGAGGAAUCGGUGGUAGUCCUACGGUUACCUACACAGAUGGUCCAAAGACUUUAGUUGUUACAUUAGUAUGUUCGAAGGAUGGAACUGAUGAACUUGAAGCUCUAGGUGAAUCUAGCACGAAUAACUAUAGAAUGCGUUUAACAAACAAAUGCGCUUGUUGGGAUGGAUGUGGAGGUGGACCACAAACCACAACAAAACCACAACCAACAUCAAAAAGCGGGGGCGUUAGCUUCAUUGGAGGGACUGUAUUCAUCGUGCAUCUUCUUAUCGUUAAUAUUGUUUAUUCUAUUGGACUUAUCACAUAG